AUGUUAAUAUCCCACUACGAUGAAACAUACGAUGGAACAAAAGGUGUGAAUUAUUGGUUUAUCUGCCCUUGGUGGCUGGAGAAGAUGGCGAAUGCUCCCCAGAUGUGGGAUACCAGAACAGAAAUCUACAACAUGAGGAAACAAAUUAUUCUUAAGGAUUGGAACCUCGGUCAAUGGCGAUCCUGGCGGAAUCAGCAACUCCUACCACAGGACAGCCCGUAUACUGGUCAAUCCGACAGCUUAUUGUCCGCGAAGGCGGUGGACAUCCUGCUUUUAAACGCGCUCAUGCACACCCGGAACGGCGGCCUGCGAAGAAACAGUGUUGCAAGCAGCGUUUAUCCCAGCUUGGCCCGUGAUUGGCCCUACUUUGUUACUAUCCGAAAUCCCAAUGAUGCGGCAAUACAAGCUUUGCCCUAUACGUUCAUCGCUAUAGCCGUCUUCGGCUAUCAGACCGGUUUUAAUACUGAUCUUCGCACUGGAAAUUAUGCGAACCUGCGCCCUUUUGACUCGCGAAAUGACUUCGGCUCUCCCGACGGUCUAUAUCAUAAGCCGCCAACUGGGCCAGACCCACCUCCUUAUCAAGGGCCAGACCCACAUCCUCAAGGGCCAGACCCACCUGCACCUCCUUAUCAAUCGUCAGCUGUAUGA